AAGCACAGUGCAGACAACAGUCAGAGAGUGUUUGCUUUCACUGUACGAAAUGUUCUCACAAUGCAAGGAGUUGCUGCCUCAAGGACAAACCUUGUAGAAAUAACAUCACGGUGGGGCACCCCCAGGAAUGGUGCUGGUCAGUGCAGAAAGCACAACUUAAGAGGAUUUUGAUUCUUUAUUUUGAAGUGGACAAUGCAGAAUCUACUGAGAAAGUUGCACCAGUUCUGCAGCUGCUUUGUUUAGGUGUUAAUACAUGAAGACAAUUUUUUUACAAGUGGAAGGAGUCUGAUUUAAAUGGAGGCUGAUGCGGGGUCUAGCGCUGCUGUAAUUUCACGGCUGGAUUAUCAGAGACAAUCGAAAGAGGUGACAUUACAGAAAGCGACAGUGUUAUGAAAACAUCUAUGGGGGAAGUUCUGCGUUGUGUGUUAGAAACUGGUUAAAUGAACAGAAGCCCAUCUGGUCCCAGUAACCAGAAAAGAAGUGGCCUGAUUGUGCCUGGAGUGGCUUCGAGGUUACCACCACCAACCCAGCAUUGCAUACGGAUCUGUGUCCCCUGCCUGGAACAGGGCAUUGGCUGAGCAAAGGAAGGUUAUACAUGUCACUCAAUGGCAAUUCUGUUCAUUUGCCUGUCCAUGUGCUGGAGGGUUUCCUACCAGCAGAGCAGGACUGCUUCAGGGAAGCUAUAGCUGGCACCUAAGCAAGCAGUCCCUUUGCCAAGGAGCAUAUACUUCAAUCCAGAGCCAGAACCAGAGCUCAGACCCACCGAGGAGCCCAAGGACUGUGCAGAGACCUCGCUGAGCUCUCUGCAAGGACUGCGCACUGAGGAAGGGUACAAAGGGGGAGCAGCCAGGUCUUGUUCUUGGAGGACAUGGAUUCUUCUUCCAAACAAUAUCCUGUCAAAAAACGGGUGAAAAUUCAUCCCAACACAGUGACGGUGAAAUAUACUUCCCAUUAUCCUCAACCUGGAGAAGCGGAUUUUGAAGAAAUGAGUGAAGACUUUGAAAGCUUUGUGGAGGACAACCCAAAGAAAAGGCUGCUCAGCAAUGUGAAAAGGAAAGGAAGAACCUUCUUUGGGACUAUAGAUAUCCAGCCUUCAGCAGCACAAGAGCUGAAAACCAGUGAGACUGGACAACUGCAAAAUUUUGCUGAAGGAGGCCUAUUCCAGGAUAGAAAGACUUGGAUAGUGCUGUUUGGAUCUGCCUUAGCGCAUGGAUGCGUGGCUCUAAUAACUAGACUUGUUUCUGAUCGUUCCAAAGUGCCAUCCCUAGAACUCAUUUUCAUUCGCUCAGUGUUACAGGUGCUGUCUGUCAUAGUUGUGUGUUAUUACCACGAGGCCCCUUUUGGCCCAACGGGAUACAGAUUGCGGCUCUUCUUCUAUGGCGUGUGCAAUGUUAUCUCCAUAACCUGCGCUUACACCUCCUUCACUAUCGUUCCCCCAAGUAAUGGGACUAUUAUGUGGAGAGCUACCACUACUGUGUUUAGUGCCAUUUUGGCUUUUUUACUGAUAGAUGAACGAAUGGCUUACAUAGAUGUUGUUACAGUAGUUGGCAGUGUGUUUGGUGUCUGCCUGGUCAUGAUCCCUAACAUUGUUAAUGAAGAACACUCUUUACUCAGCAUCUGGAAGGAAGCUUUUGGCUAUACCAUGACGGUUAUGGCAGGCUUAACGACGGCUCUCUCCAUGAUAGUCUACAGGUCAAUCAAUGACAAGGUCAGUAUGUGGACUGCACUGUUCACCUUUGGUUGGACUGGGACAGUGUGGGGAGCCUCCACCAUGUUUUUUCUUCAAGAGCCAAUCAUUCCACUGGAUGGAGAAACCUGGAGCUAUCUCACUGCCAUCUGCAUAUGUUCCACGAUGGCUUUUCUGGGGGUCUAUUAUGCCCUGAGUAAAUUCCACCCAGCUUUGGUCAGCACAGUGCAGCAUCUGGAGAUUGUGAUAGUGAUGGUUCUGCAGCUGGCGGUGCUACACAUCUUUCCCAGUAUCUAUGACCUGCUAGGGGGAGCCAUCAUUAUGAUCAGUGUAUUUUUCCUUGCAUAUUAUAAGCUCUCCUGGAAGCACUUAGGAAGGCAGGGUUAUCAGGAGAUAAUAGAUUCUUCCAUUAAAUGAAUGUCAGUUUGUUGUUGUCUUUACAAUAACAGUUUCUGCACUGCCAUGUGAAAUUAUUGUUUCCUUAUCAGUGUCUUUUAUACUGUGCCGUAGACCAAGUGCUGUCUUUCUAGUUCAACUGUAAUGGACCAAAUUCAUACUUGAUAUAACUAUGUUGCCAUCCUUGGAUCUAUGUUGCCAUCCAUCUGGUUCUAACAGAGUUGCACCAGGAGCAAAUUUGUUGUAGUGUGUAAGAUCAUUUAAAAAUGUUCAACACGCAAACAAAGUUUUAUUCUCAGCUCGUUCGUAGUAAGCGUUAAAAUUAAGUAUAGAGAACUCUGUCAUAGGUGACCUUCCAUUCUAGCCAUUCUUGCAUAGAAAAAAUAUUGAGAUAGUAGGAUUUAAUGUUGUUCAUCAUUCUUGGGUGCUGCACCUGUAGAAUAUGUGGCAGUGAAAUGAAAUUCAGACACCACUGAGGCAGGAAGUUUGUGUUUCAUGGUAACUUAUACAAUACUUGAUUGUAAUAUUUUAAAGCUAAGAAUUUUAACAUGUACAUGGUUAUAAUGAUCACUUACAUUCUUUACGUAACUGCAAGGAGAAGAGUCAAUAAAGUGGUGUUCUUUGUGGCCUGCUAA